AUGCGCCACUCCGCCGUGUUCUCCGUUCUUCUCGCUGCUGCGACCGCCGCGCCGGCUCUGGCACUCCCCAUCGCAUUUUGGUCCCGCGGCGAAAAGGAUGAGACUCUGUACGAGCGGGGCCUCGAGGACAACUUCUGGGCCCGCGACGUGAUGCCCAGGGGCGGAGGACCGCGCCCGCUUCCUGCGACCCCGAAGCCAAAGCCGCGCCCGCUGCCUCCGACCCCGAAGCCGAAGUCGCGCCCGCUGCCCAGACCGCCUACCAGCCGCCGCAGCUUGAGCGACGCUGAGCUUGAGGAGCGCGGCUUCGAUGAGGAGUGCCUCUUCCAGCGUUCGUUCGACAAUGAGGAAGCCUUCUGGGCCCGCGAUUUGAUGCCCAGAAGCCCGCCGCCUGGAGCAGGGUGGCACGGGCCGAGGCGUAUGCGCCGCGAGGUGGAGGAGCUGUUUGCGAGGGCGAUGGAGAUCGGCGAGUUGGACUGAGUCCGUGGAUGUCGAUGUGCUGGGGUGGUAGUUACGUUGUGUCUUUUCUUACGCAUGUCGUUCAUUGUGUAUGUCCGGUGAAAUACGACGGUGACUGUACAGUGCAGGCACUCUGUAUUCAAC